AUGUCGCACUGUUUCUCACUUGACCUGCUCGCGGAGCACAAGCUCUGCCUGGACUUCUCCAACCCUGGAAAGCCACCAAGUAUCCAAUGGGAACCACUCUCUCAGCCUGUGAGCCUUGCGCGUCUCGCAAGCUCACUCUCUAUCAAAGUCAACGUGUCCGGAAUGAAUGGACGCAAUACUCUAGCAUUGUUCGUCGUCAGCGAUCCUGCAUCAGAAGCCGAACAAACCAACGAGGCAAACGUCGAAUCCUCCAACUCAGAACGCCAAGAGGUGCCCGUCGAGACUCCUCCCAGUGAUCCCGUCGUGGAGGUCUCUCCCGCAGUCCCUGCUCCAAAGAGUCAGGACGUUCGUGCCGAGCAAUGGAGAGAGUCCCCAUCCAUGCCAGAUAUGGCCCUUGAGCUCACACCUGCUCUGAGCCACCGAGAAUUCAGUCCGAUGUCGACCGCCCUCAACACCCCCUGCAUCCCUGCUGUGUCCGAUGUGCCACGGAAGCUCGGAUCCGACCACCAGCCGGGCCUGUUCCAGUGGCUGCCCGCUGACUCGGAGCACGACUGGCAACGCUUCAUCACUUCCAUGAAGUGGAACGAGCUCGAACAAUCGCCAGCUGCGUUCUCCCCCGAUAUUGCGCAAUGGGUCAACAACGCUGAUUCAUCCAUCCUCGAGACGACAGGCUCAUAUAGCAACCCUUCUGAGGUGUUCUAUGGGUCCGAGGUCUGUGCGCCUCUCCCCGCAGAGGGCCAGUGGGUCCAUGCCGAACGCGCAGACACGGCGACUUCGUCGCCGCACAUGUCCGCCUUCGAGUUCACCAACCCACCGCCGAGCCAUGCCGGCUCCUCUCACACCUCCCCCGGGAGCUCCUGCGACGCAGAAAUGUCUGAUAGCUCAUCGCAGUCCAUGCCACCUUACUCCGAGGUUCCCCAUGCUUCCUCAUCCCAAGUACAACUGAACUCCCAUCCCCUGCCACCUCCCUGCGCGUUCGACGAGUCCGAUGCUUCUUCCUACUCGGCGAUGUCGGACGGACAGUCCUCCAAGCCCACUCCGCGGAUCCGCUGCGAGCACGAAGGAUGCGACCGCUCGUUCAAGAACGAGUACACCUACAGCGUGCACGCCUCCGUCCACGCCAGGAAGAAGAAAAGGCGUUUCGACUGCGCGCACUGCAGCGAGACGUUCUCGCGACGGCACGACAUGAUGCGACAUGAGGUCUCGCAGCACGGUAAAGUCCCCGACUGGACCUGCGAUCGGUGCAGGCGCUUCUUCUCGAGCGAGAUGACCCUCAAAAAUCACAAGUGUCCUGCAAGCCGCAAGGCGACCAGGUCCGCGCUCCCACCACUCCCACCACCACCACACAUGCACCACCAUCCCGCGGGAUUCCAAGCAUAA